UACCAUGGUGUGCCUGAAUGUCCUGGCUGAUGCUCUGAAGAGCAUCAACAAUGCUGAGAAGAGAGGCAAACGCCAGGUCCUCAUCAGGCCCUGCUCCAAAGUCAUAGUCAGGUUUCUAACAGUGAUAAUGAAGCAUAGUUACAUUGGUGAGUCUGAAAUCAUUGAUGACCACAGAGUUGGGAAAAUUGUCAUGAACCUCACUGGCAGGUUGAACAACUGUGGAAUGAUCAGUCCUAGAUUUCAUGUGCAGCUAAAUAACCUAGAAAAAUGGCAGAACAAUCUGCUCCUAUCCCGUCAGUUUGGCUCCAUUGUACUGACAACCUCAUCUGGCAUCAUGGACCAUGAAGAAGCAAGAUGA